AUGCUUGAAAACUUGGUAAUAAGUGUGAGAAAUUCCUCAAAAUCUAGCGUACAAGAGUUCUCAAAUACCAGUCAAAUAAGCAGCACACGACCAAAAACAAAAACAGCGGAACUUACUUUAAAACUAAGUAAUAGGUUUAGUGUGCUUGAAAAUAGCACAGAGGAGAAAGAACAAUCAAAUUGUAUCAUCAUCCACACGGACAGUUCAGUGAUCAACGCUAAAUUGCGCUCACAAAGCAAAACAAAUCGGCCUACUAUUUGUAAACAAAAUAAAAAACACACGUUGGAAAAUAGACAUGAAAUCCUUAUUCUAGCAGACAGCCAUGGAAGAGGUGUAGCCGAAAUUAUGAGUUCUAAGAAAACAGGAUUCAAGGUAACUGGCGUAAUCAAACCAGGAGCGCCACUAUGUGAAGUUUUAAAUAGCUGUAAUCAAUCUAUGACGAAUGGCAGGACAUGUGUGAUAAUUGGAGGCGCCAACGAUGUAUCCCACAAUGAAACUAGACGUGCUACAACAGGUUUAAAGCAAGUAAUCUGUAAAAUGCCUGAAGUGAAAUUUUUUGUUGUCAGUAUCCCUCUUAGGUAUGAUCUCAUGGAAAACUCUUGCGUGAAUACUGAGAUUAUUACCGCCAACAGACUUUCCGCUAAGAUAUGUCGAGGUUAUCCUAAUGCUACAUAUGUUAGGAUAAAUAGUGAUUGCAGAGAGCAUUUUAAAGAGCAUGGACUUCACAGAAACAUGAAAGGGAAAGAAGCCAUGAGUGCUGAAAUAUCGAAUGCUAUUAAAGACUCUAAAGUAGAACGAAACCCUAUUACACUGUCUGAAAAUGGCCUUAUUAAAGUAUCAACAUUAGUGGAAAUAGGAAGAGCUGAUGACCCACAAUCAUUGGUAGCAACAGAAGAUUCUUUGACGUUAGAAGACGUAAAAACAUCUGAAGUGUUGUCCAGUACAGCAGCCACAUCAGCUAAAUUGUCAGUAAUGUCGAAAUCAUCAAAAACAGCUGAACCAUUAUCAUCAGCAGCAGAUGUACCACCUUCCCCAGCAGGUUCAAAAUCAAGUCCAGAAUCUGUGACUAGUCCAUCAAUCAGAAGAACAGAGGCAAGACCAGUGGUACAAAAUGCCACUCAGAUAUCAUCAACAGAAGAAAAAUCAACACCAUCGAAGCAUCAUUUAUCAGCUUCAUAUGCAGCUUCAACGUCCACAGUAACGUCAGUGCCAACUGUAGUUCAAGAUUUAAACGAAAAUGCAGUUUCAGCUAAAGUUCCAGUAUCAAUUGGAACAUCAGUUACAAAAACGGACUCAGCAUCAAAACUGGCAGCAUCUCCAACAUCCACUGAAUCAUCAGCUUCAGAAACACCUCCACACAGCUAUAUUAAUAAACGUGUUCCCAUAGCAAAUUUACUUGAGAGCAAUACACAUGUAACAGGCAGACUGGUCAACAUUCACAUUAAAAAGGAACAAUCACUGUAA